AUCUGUGUAUUUGUUUGUGCAAAUGAGUGAGUGUGAUUGUAUUCAAGUCAGUGGUAUACAUGUGUAAACUGUAACAAACCACUGAGUUAGUUUGUGCUUUUAAGAACUGGAUCUCUGUUUGUUUUGACUGCAAAAUUAGCCAGCAAUACCACUUAUGGAAAAGAUGAGGAUUUGGCUUAAAAUACACCCCUUUGUCUUAUGACAAAUUAGCUGUGAAUUAAACUAAAGCAUGUAAUCAUGAAGAUAGGAUUUCUAUUUAGCUAUGGCUACCUUGAUUCAGUGUGUUUGUGUUUCAGGGUUUUACACAUUCUCCUCUAAAAGAAGUUUCCUACAGGUUAUGUAGACAGCUUAUAUCUGUGUGUAAGCGUGUAUUCAUUGCUGGUCUUAAGUUGAUCAGGAGUUCACAUUUCAAGGCAAUAUCUUUGUUCGUUGUUAAUGUCUGGAAUGGUAAAAGAUGAAGAAAGGUUUGGCUAGUUUCUUAUCAGAGAAGAAGAAAAAUAGUGAACUCUAUUUCAUGGGGGCAGACACCUAUGGUCUGUCAUUUACAGGUUUGUCGUGAUUCGUUGAUUUAAAGUUAUGUUUAUUAUUUGCCCUUAGCUGAUUCCCUUCCUUUCCCCCCAUCAAAGUGGCUAUUUUUAGCCAUAACUGUUCUACUUGACAGCAGGCGUGUGUUGAAGCUCUGCAUGUUUCCCAUCAUUCAUUUCAUUAUGCUUUUCCAUUCCUCUUUCCUUCUUUUAUGUCUGUUGCAGCAUUAGCAUUUCUUUUACAUUAAACAUACAUAACAGUGCUGUGCAAAGAGAAUGCUUUAAAAGAACAUAAUGUGUUAGCGUUGUUGCAGUCAGCCUUCUUUAAGGCUGACUGCCAUAGUUGGAAGCAACCAAUUUGACGUCUCUUUGAUAAUAAGAAUCUUGACAUCUAAAAUUGCUUCAAACUUCAGCGAGUGUUUAAAUCAUCAUAGUCAUCUGUUUUGUGUUGAUGUCAGUGUCUAACAUUCCACUUCUUUUCCAUUUGUCACAUUUCUUUCCCAACCCCCGAACCCACAUCUUCCUUAAAGACCCUUUUGCACCUUCAGACGGCCGUGCCAACACUGCAUCUUCAGGCCUUGAUCUUUUUGGCAUGAUGACAGUGGAGAAUAACAGUUCCCAGGAUGCUUGUUUUAGCUCUGUGGUGCCCCAGCCCUCCCCCUCCCCUUCACCGCUCUUCCCCUCCACAUCCAGCACCAUUACUACCACUGCUACCAUUUCAGCGUCAGAUGCCACCAGCCCUGUGACUGACCUUUUCAGCGAUAUUUUUGACUCCAUGCCAGACUCAAGCUUCCCCAAAGUGGAUCCCUCUCCCAGUGCAGAUUUGUUUUCAGAAGCAGAUGUAUUCAGCUCCCCUGCCCCCAUCCUCUCCUCAGCACCCCCACCCAAAAUUGACACAGGAGCCAUCAUGAGCCUGUUUGGUGGUGGGUAACUAAUAUGACUGCCUGCCCUCACUCAGUUUCUCUGGUUUAUUAAAAUAACAGAAGAUGAGAAAGGUGCAAAUCCUUCUCAUCUCUUUUCCUUCAUGGUCAUACAUACAGGCUUUAAACUUAUAGAAACAUUACCCUUGUCCUUUUAUAAUGUUUUUAGACAUUUUCUUUGGGAUGUAUAACAAGCAGAGACCUCAAAUGAAGCUUGGUCAUGUUGAAAUAGUCCAUUUAUUUGUAAACUGAAAGUAAUGACUUUGGCCUAAGUGAAACUUUUUUUUCUAAAAUGUUUACUCCAUUUAUAAUUCUUACACUAGUUUCUGAACAGAGAUUAAAUUAAAAUGUUUGUACCUGAAAAUGAUUGAGGAUACUCUAAAGCAUAUGUGAGAGUGUGAUUAUGUGUUUUCAAUCGAAAAGGCUGUUUCUAUGUACACUUGCUGGAAAAAAACUUGUGAUUGUUUGUUCAUAUUUUCAGCUGUCAUUUCUAACUCAAACUAUUCUGUCUGGAAUUACUAGUGUUGAAGGCGAGGGCUGAUUAUUACCCUUCUUUACCCUUAUGCUGCGAUGGAAACGGCUCAACCUUUUAUGACCUGGCAUGGAAUGGUUUGGUCAUGUUUUGGUUGACCGG